GGUCAGAGUUCAGGUUAUCUGUGUGGGACGAAGGGGAGCGGCUUUAGCAGCGCACUGACCUGCGGCUCCGACAGGAAGUUGCUUUUGUUGUAUGUUGUGAGAAAGAUGCGUGCCCUAAGACGUCUUCCUGACAAGCAAUGAUCGUUGCUGACAAGGACGAGGAUCUACAGAGCUGGGGCUGGACAGACCUCUCCAGUUACUGGUCCGCAGCGUCCGACUCGGACUGCGAGCCCGCCACCAUGUCCAGGCGCAGUCUACGUCUGGGCAACGGCCUGCUGGACCACGGCCAGCCGCUCGGCAGCACCUCCCUCCACGUAGAGGGAAACGGCUGGAGAAACACAAGGAUGUUGAAAUCUCGCCGUUCUCUGCAACACUCCGCAUCCUGCUCAGAGUCGCUCUUCACCCACACACCUCGUAAAUCCUCCAACCAGUCGCUCCACAGCGACGCUUCCGAUGCCUCUCUGCUCUCAUCCUUGUUGGAUGAAUCCUCCCUCCACGAGGCCUCCAUCCAGGAGAGCACAAUGAUUGACAACUUCUGGGGUUUGGACAAAGACCUUGAUCCCAGAGAGAGCACCAUUGUGGAGGAGCAGAGCAGCUUGGUGGCUAACAGCACUUUGCUUGGCUCCGACGCCCGCUGUCCCAAACACCGGGUCCAGAUGCCGACUCGGGUGUCCUGCAAAGAUUGCGAGUGCGGCAGGAGGGAGUCCGACAUUUCAAACGUCUCAUUUUCCUCCAAGUACACAUCGUUGCAAUCGCCCACGUUGGACGCGUCCACCAUCUACUGCAGUGACCGAAGACGGCGAGCCAGAACAGAUGUGCUGCAGCUGUGGUUGGACUGGCUUCUGAUUGGCGCGAGGAAGGCGGCAGCCAGUUGCCACUUUGCACUGGCGCGCGCAUGGCAGAUGUGUCAGGUUGACAUAAAACAUGGGGGGGCUGCCUCUCGUAGGGACCGCGGCGGAGACAUGAGGAGUGCGCAGAGGGAGCUUCACCCCGGCGGAUCUCUCUGUAAUGACUGCAAGGAGAAACAGCACGCGGAGCAGACGCACGUCGCCGGUGCCUCGGUUCGCUCCGCUCGGGCCUCGGCGCUCCGCUGCUUGUUGCGGAACGUCACUGUGUUUACAGGUAGGUCGUCCGACCUGGGCGGUGUGUUCAAGUGGAGACGAAGUGACGGCCCUCUGCUAACACGGUUUCCUCUUGCGCUCUUCUUGGCUCUUCCAAUCCUCUUCAGCUUGUGUUGGUUUGGCCUCUACGGUCUACCGAGUGUAAGGGUCCCGGAGUGGGGGACUUCUAUCUUUGACGGCCCUCCCCUGUCCACGGUCGAUGGAUUGGCUUCUACUUCGACGAGGGGAGCUGCGGGGGACUCGGAGGAGACUCGUACAAGUACCGCACAGCUUGCUCGUCUGGAGCGCAACCUGGCAUUGCUUUGGGAGCGCGUGGAAGCCGGCGAUGAGAGGGCGGAGCGGAGACACGGCGAGAUGCUGCGGAUCCAAACGGAACUGCAGCGCGACGGCAAAAGUGGCAAACUCGGGCUUAGCAGACUGGUGGAACGCCAACUGGCCCAGCUGAGAAGGCGAAUGGAUGACAGCCGACGGCAGAGGGAGCAGGAAUUAUUUUGGUUGCAGAGCCAAAUGUCUCGUCUGGAUCUUGUGGAGGUGAAUCUGCAGAACCUGGCAGCCAAGGCGGAGGAGGAAACGUCGAGGCAAGAAGCCAUCGACACAGUGGCACCGGCAAUUGCUCGGGAUGGAGUCAGCGCUUCAAUGGACCGUCAGUCCCAUGAUGCCUUGAUGGCACAGGUGGAACGUCUGGAAAUGGCUUUGAAGGACAUCAGGCGGGAUGUGGACGGUUUUCUGGGAUGUCAGCAAUUGGACCAGGAGACUAUUUCAUCUCAGGUCCAGAAGGAAGUUCGUGUUCUGCUCUUGGGGAACGAUCUGCAGGCGUCUCUGGCCUCACUGGAGCGCGGCAUCCUCCGCAAUGUCAGCCUUCGUCUCGAGCAGCGCCGCCGCGAGGAGGUGCACAAAGACGCAGAUGGAAUGGCGCUAACGAGAGAGGAUGUGGACCUGAUGGUGAAGAACGCGCUGCGCCUUUUCUCCCAUGACCGAACUGGCCUCGCUGACUACGCGUUGGAGUCCGGAGGAGGCAGCAUCCUGAGCACUCGCUGUUCCGAGACGUAUGAGACCAAAGCAGCACUGCUCAGUUUGUUUGGAGUUCCUCUGUGGUACUUCUCGCAGUCUCCGAGAGUCGUCAUUCAACCCAACGUUCAUCCUGGGAACUGCUGGGCCUUCCAAGGUUCCACGGGAUUCCUGGUGAUCCGCUUGUCCAUGAGCAUCCUCCCCACUGCCUUCUCCUUGGAACACAUCCCCAAAGCCUUGGCACCCAGCGGCACGUUGCGCAGCGCCCCCAGAGACUUCCGAGUCUACGGUCUGGAUGACGCCGGUCAGGAGCGAGGGACGCUUCUGGGCUCGUACACGUAUCAGGAGGACGGAGAAGCGCUGCAGACCUAUCACGUCACUGAGGAGAAUGAACGUGCCUUCCAAAUUAUCGAGGUGCAGGUGCUGUCCAACUGGGGCCACCAAGACUACACUUGCAUGUAUCGAUUCAGAGUGCACGGCUCUCCCCGGGAUGCCUGAAUACAGCUCCGAUAUCGUUUGUUUACAUUGUCCAGUUCCUGAUUAAAAAGGGCUUGUUGCCAUUUUUUGGGG